UUCCUUCGUUUCACUCAGUCUCGAUCUUGUUCCUUCGUAAUUCAUUCACCGUUUUGUUCUUCACCAUGCAAAUUGCAAUUGCAUCUUACUCUCAGAAUAAGAAAAAGAAAGUAAUCUUGGAGCAUAUCGUUUUCCUCUCAUGGCGAAUUGGAUCUCCUCCAAACUCAAAGCCGCAGAGAACAUUCUCCAUCAGAUCGAUCAGCAAGCAGCCGAAUCGCUUCGGAAGAACGAGAAGCUUCGAUCCGACGAACUCGGCAUUCAUGAUGCUCCUGCAGCCAAAUCAGGGAGCGUCGUCUCUCUCAAGAAUCAAUUGAAGAAGAAACCCUCCGAAAACAAUGACUAUCAUGGUAAACUGCACAGUGACCCCAAUUUUACAACUGCACCCAAAUCUAGCCCUACCCCUACCCUCGCAGAUGCUGAUUGGACUCAACUCCUCAGCUCACCUACUCACUCUAUAGCUUCUGCUUCUGGAGGGGAUCACGGUAAUGGGGCUCGUGGUUUCAACAAAAAUGGUAGGAAGCACAAGGAUUUAUUGCUUUCGGAUGUAAAGAGGAAUCACAAAACCGGUACCAGUGGUUCAAGGUCUUUGCAGAGGUUAAACUCUGUCAAAUUGACUAGAAAAACUAGUGACGAUGGGAUGGGCUUUACCUCAGAGAGGCAUUCAACUGAUGGUAAACCUUUGGUUGAGAAGAAUGAUAAAGCAAAUCAACAACACCAGCACACUUUUAAUUAUAGGGAUAUUUCUCCACCAGAAUCUCUGCAGGAAGACAACAAAACUUUGCCAAUGCCCGUGUCUGACCUUGAUAAUGCUAAGAUUGCACCAGAUGUUGUUCCUGGUCAGCUUAGAGGUGCAAUGAAAGCGAGGCAUGGGCUUAAUUCACUUUCUGGAAAUUCAAAAUCUGAUGAUUUCAAAAGGGGUUCUUCCAUCAGUGAUGGAAGUUCUGAGUCAGAUACAGAUUCCGGUUCAUCGUAUGAUUCUGAAAGUGAACAUGAGAGGGAGGAAAGGAGAAAGAAGAGGGAAAGGGUCCUGGCGGAGAAAGCAGCAGCUAUAGCAAUAAAUGCUAUCAGGGAAAAGGAGAAUAUGGUGGCCAAAUUAGAAGGCGAGAAACAAAGUCUAGAGAAAAUACUUGAAGAGCGAGCUUAUCAACAAGCCCAAGAGGCUUCACAGCUUCAGAACACUACGAUGGAAACAAUGGAAGCUGUUGAGUUAGAAAAGCAGAAACAUAAUAAUACUAGAAUGGAAGUUCUUGCACGUUUAGCGAAACUGGAGACUGUUAAUGCUGAUCUUGCACGAUCCCUUGCAGCUGUGCAGUGUAACCUUGAAGUCGAGGUUAAACAAGUGGCAGAACUCAGACAGAAGAUUGUAUCAAAAGAGUUUGUUCAUGAAGAGCUUAGAAGGAGCAUGAAUCCUCGUCAAACUGGAGCUUCACGAAAUCUACUAGCUUCAAAAGGAGUUGAGUUUGAGCGAGAAAUUCUUGAGGCAGAGCUUUCUCUAAUUAAUGAUAAAGUUUCACAGCUACAGGAAAAGGCUAGGAAGCUGGAAGCUGACAUUGAAAUGACCAGGAAGGAGAUAGAACAACCAACAGAAGUUGAAGUUGAGCUCAAGCGAAGGCUUCAUCAAAUGACUGAUCACUUGAUACAGAAACAAGCCAAGGUUGAAUCUCUCUCUUCUGAGAAGGCGAGUCUUCAAUUCAGAAUUGAGGCAGUAUCAAGGCUGCUUGAUGAGAACAUGUCAGCAUCAGGCUCAACAGCUAUGAAUCCUGCCUCAUCAUCAAGUGAUGUAGAAUCAGGAAUAUGGGAGCUCUCAAACUCAAAGUUGAAGCCUAUGCUGAAAGCCAGAAUUCAUUCUGGCAAGAGACAGCUGGGGUACUUGCUUCAACAAUUAGAUUAUAUUUUCGUGGCUGGUGCUGUUUUUUUGAAACGGAAUCCAACAGCUAAAUUAUGGGCUAUGAUUUACCUUGUUUGCCUUCAUUUGUGGGUGAUUUAUAUUCUAACAUCACAUUCUGGUCCAUCAAAUGAGGGUAGAUCUGGUGCCGUGAUCUCAUUGGAGAACAUUAAUAACACCGGAGGAGUAUGAUUGUGUUGUGAUGUGUCACCACUUAUAUAAUUUGCCUCAGCUUUUAGGAGGUGUUCAUUACAUUUGAUAUAGUUUGUUACUCCAGGGUACAUCAGGGACUCCAUCACAGAGUAGCAAUGCCCUGCAAUAUAUAUUUUUUUUUUGAAAAAUGGGUGAUUUGGGUUUAAAUUUUGAUGCUCUGGUCAAAUGAUGAGUAUUGUUUGUAAAGAUUUGUUCAAGUAAUACGUAAUUUGUAUGUACAGAGUAAGUGUAGCAACAGGCGCAAUAACAGGAUGAGCCUCUAGUCAUUGGCUUGUAGAGGCGAAAUGCAGUUUCAUGAUUAUUAUGUCUUGAACUUGUAGAGAAAGGGAAAAGAGGUUCACUUCAGGUGCAUUCAAUUAUUAAUAAAUAUUCAUUCAUUUCUGUAA